GCGGCGGAAGGGCGGGGGAAGCCAAGGCCUUUCAGCCUCACCCGCCCCCACCUCCACCAAAACGCGCCCCUCCCCCAGCUAAAGGAAUGGUCGCCCAGCUCCUGCACUGCACCCCCUGACCCCAAGGCUCGAGUUGCGGCCUCGCCGCACGUCCCCGGAGCAGAGGACGGCGCAAUUGUCCCCGGUCCUCCUGAUCCAUGCACAGGGAGAUCCACGCCCCACAGCGGCCCCCCAAGCCUCCCUGCAACACCCGGUAAUGCAAUCCACGGGGGCGGGGGAGGCGGCGGCGGCGGCGGCGGCGGCGGCGGCGGCAGCGGCAGCAGCACUGCCCCAAUCUACAGACAACCAGAGAGGAGGAAAAUGGCUCCAAGCAGGGACCGCCUGCUGCACUUUGGGUUCAAGGCGACAAUGUUCUCAAAUAGCGAUGAAGCUGUAAUCAAUAAAAAACUUCCCAAAGAGCUCCUAUUACGGAUAUUUUCUUUUCUGGAUGUUGUUACCUUGUGUCGCUGUGCUCAGGUCUCCAGGGCCUGGAAUGUUCUGGCUCUGGAUGGCAGUAACUGGCAGCGAAUUGACCUGUUUGAUUUCCAGAGGGAUAUUGAGGGCCGGGUAGUGGAGAAUAUUUCAAAAAGGUGUGGGGGCUUUUUACGAAAGUUAAGUCUUCGUGGGUGUCUUGGAGUAGGAGACAACGCAUUAAGGACCUUUGCACAAAACUGUAGGAACAUUGAAGUACUGAAUCUCAACGGGUGUACAAAGACUACAGAUGCUACAUGUACUAGCCUUAGCAAGUUCUGUUCCAAACUCAGGCACCUUGACUUGGCUUCCUGUACAUCAAUAACAAACAUGUCUCUAAAAGCUCUGAGUGAGGGAUGUCCACUGUUGGAGCAAUUAAACAUUUCCUGGUGUGACCAAGUAACCAAGGAUGGUAUCCAAGCACUAGUGAGAGGCUGUGGAGGUCUUAAAGCCUUAUUCUUAAAAGGCUGCACACAGCUAGAAGAUGAAGCUCUCAAGUACAUAGGUGCACACUGUCCUGAACUGGUGACUUUGAACUUACAGACUUGCUUACAAAUCACAGAUGAAGGUCUCAUUACUAUAUGCAGAGGGUGCCAUAAGUUACAGUCCCUCUGUGCCUCUGGCUGCUCCAACAUCACAGAUGCCAUCCUGAACGCUUUAGGUCAGAACUGCCCACGGCUUAGAAUAUUAGAAGUGGCAAGGUGUUCUCAAUUAACAGACGUAGGCUUUACCACUCUGGCCAGGAAUUGCCAUGAGCUUGAAAAGAUGGACCUGGAAGAGUGUGUUCAGAUAACAGAUAGUACAUUAAUCCAACUCUCUAUACACUGUCCUCGACUUCAAGUAUUGAGUCUGUCUCACUGUGAGCUGAUCACAGAUGAUGGAAUUCGUCACCUGGGGAAUGGGGCCUGCGCCCAUGACCAGCUGGAGGUGAUUGAACUGGACAACUGCCCCCUAAUCACAGAUGCAUCCCUGGAGCACUUGAAGAGCUGUCACAGCCUUGAGCGGAUAGAACUCUAUGACUGCCAGCAAAUCACACGGGCUGGAAUCAAGAGACUCAGGACCCAUUUACCCAAUAUUAAAGUCCACGCCUACUUCGCACCUGUCACUCCACCCCCAUCAGUAGGGGGCAGCAGACAGCGCUUCUGCAGAUGCUGCAUCAUCCUAUGACAAUGGAGGUGGUCAGCCUUGGUGAACUGAAUAUUUAAUGACACUUCUAGAGUUACCGUGGAUCUCCAUUGGAAGCGACCCCAGUGUUCCAGGCAAAGGUUACGAAGUGAGGGCAGCGUCCAGAUCCCCAGAGCCACACAUACAUGCGCGUACCCACCCUCACCCCCACCCACUCUGUCUCUGUGACCAGGGGACUGAGUUCGUGCUGGCUUUAUCACGUGGAUUGGUGAAACUUAACCAUUCCUGUUGGAUGUGCCCAGAAGAAAAUCAUAAGCAAGGUAGACGGAAGGGGGCAUUCCAGCAAACCCAGUGUUACUGCUACUGUGGUUUCUUUAUUUACUUAAGGGGUUUCUUUGGCAAUUUUGAAACAGCAACUGCAGUCCUCUGGGGUCAAGGAACGCAUAAAAAAACAAUACAUGUUGUAUCCAGGGACCAGAGAGAAAAUGUCUUUGCAUCCUAUCAAUGGUAGCCAUCCAUUGUAAGAUGACUACAGAGCUUCUGUGCUUCCUUGUUCCCAUGCCAACAUGCUGAACAUGCUCACAGAGAAGGCUUGUCCAUUCCUCCUCCUGUGUUUUAGUAUUUGGCCCAGAGGUUUCCUAAAUGGUUGCAUUGAAAUCGCUGUGGUCCAAAUGUGAUGAGCUAUUCACUCAAAUUGUCACUUUCUGUAGCACACUGUAUACCUGUCUUUCAUUCUCUGUUGCUCCCUCCUGCACUCUUGCUUGGUCUGUCAUCUGUUCAUAGUCUGCUUACUCACACUCAGUUGUUACUCCUUUGCUGCUGUUGUGUUUACAGUUUGCAUUUUGGAUGAUUAGUUGGGGUUACCAAACAUUUUUAAAAGAGACAUUAUCAAUAAAUAUUUUUUUAAUUCUAAAUUUUACCAUUAGGGGACCCUGCCUGAAUCUUUGCCAGUCUGAAGGGAAACUAUAACAAAAGCAAGAAAGAUUAUGAGAAGAAAUUGAGCUAAGACUAUUUUGAUGAAAACAAACUUUGCCUCUUGGUUUCUGUUAUAUCUUGUGAUAAAUGAUAAUAUGCAUGAUGCGCCCCGUAUUCCCCCUGCACAUUUUUCCUUCCGUCUAACUUAAUGAGGAGAGAGAGAUGCAUUAUUAGGAAAGGGUGGAAUGGCAAAUCCCAAAACUGAACCUGAAAGCCGCCGUCACCCAAGCUCAGACAUGUCGUGUAUUCACCAAAAUCUAGGUGUGAUCAGUGGCAUCUCAGAUGUGUGUCUGUGAAGUUUGUUCUGCUUUAGCAGGAAUGCUGCUAGAGGAGUUGUGCAGUUGAGCUGGGCAGUUUCUCUUUUUUCCCCCCGUUUCAGCCUAUCAGGGAUUCAAGAAUGACCCUAUCACAGCUGGUCAACUGUACGUCAGUGUUGAUGGUAUCAUAUCUAAUGUUGGAGCCUCAAAGGACCAGAACCUCUUGGCCGUAUCUCUCUUGCGCUACAGAGUUUCUGUGAAUGAAAUGCCAGAGUAGCCAGAUGAAGGCAUUGGGGCAGCAGAAAGAGCACAUUGAAAGGAAGUAGGGGGUUCAGUGUCUCUUCCCACUGUGGUCACCAGAGCUGAGGGCAAGGUCUUCAGUGCCCAUGAUUCAAAGAAGAAACUACCCCC